ACGUUUUGUCGUAAAAGAGACGCAAAGCGUGCUUUGAAAACUUAUAUAGUCAUUAACCAUAAGAGCUGUUUGGAGACAAGACCGAACAGGUUACUAGAGGGUGCUGAGACUCUACAAGAAGCCGUGACAGGACUCCGGCCAUAGAAAAAAAAAGCAUUUUUGGCCCCACAUAAAGGAGGAGGAGGAGGCGCUUCUUGCCUUGAAGCUGAGACGUUUUUAGAUGGAUUCUUUAUGUCUGCUUCAGCACCGGAGCAGACGGUCUGCUCUGAACAUUUGCAAGCCGUGACAGCACGUUACAAAACAUGACGCAUCGUAGCGUAUGGAUUGCCAAAAACAUGAGCUGCUGCACCCAGCGCGGAAGAAGGAGAAGAAGAAGAAGCGGCUUCCUUGUCCUCUGCGGUGCGGAGCAGGACGCGCGCAGGACAGCUGGUGGGACCAGAUGGAGGAUUCGGAGGGCAGAUAGACAAGACGUUACUUCUGCAAAGGGCAAGGUGCUGCUGUGGGUGCUCAUUGCUUUGCUGCCUCUGGUGGAAGGAGCUCAUAUGAAAGGUGGUGCUGGUGUGGGAUCAGACUCAGGCCACACUGUGGGCCUGCUGGGAAACCAGGAGGAGAGACAGCUUCCUGUGACGCUGCCUGAAAUGGUGGAGGACAAGGAACAGAAAGAAGACAGUGACCCUUACUCUACUUGGCACCCUCUUUAUGACCCUUUUGUAAUGGAUGAGGUGGAUGACCAUCCCAGCAGUCGCUGGGUAGGACGCUCACCACGCUCCUCUGAUCCCACAGAACCUCAGCCCAAGGGAUCAUCGAAGAAAAAGAAGAAGAAGAAGAAAGAAAAGGAAGAAGAGACAGAAACAGGGAACAGAAAGGGUAAGGGGAGAAACGGACACCUGAAGCAGAGCAGCAGGCACUGCCGUGUGGAGAAGAAAGAGAUGAGGGUUCGGGAUCUAGGACUGGGAUUUGAUUCGGAUGAAAUCGUCCUUUUUAAGUUCUGUGUAGGCUCCUGCCAGGCCGAAAGAACAAACUAUGACCUAGCACUGAAAGCACUGCUGGAGAAUGGCUCGCUGCCUCGACGCACAGCCCGCAAGGUCAGCAGCCACCCCUGCUGCCGCCCCGACCGCUACGAGCCGGUAUCGUUCAUGGAUGCCAAGACCACGUGGAGAACCAUCCAGUCGCUCUCUGCCGCCAGCUGCAUGUGCAUGGGCUGAAUGAUGAGUACAAACAGAUAAGUGCCCAGGAUGGAUAAAGCUGAAGAGCCUCUGGCUGGAUAGUGUAUGUGUCUGUGUGUGUGUGAGGCCCCAUGUUUAGGAUUUGGCCAGAUGGGGGCACUGUCUCACACAGAAACAGAAAAGAAGAAGAAAUAGAGGCCACUCGUUUGCCUCCCUGAUACAUUUCCUGCUGAGAAGGAAGUGGGCUGGCCGCAGCUGGACAUUAAGGGCCAAGGUCAAAAUCAAGAGACUGAGGGGGAGGUCAUUAGGAAACCCCAGUCUGGAUACUGUUCCCUCAUUAAAGGGUGAAUUAUUUUUAACUGAAUAACUGGUAAUUAACGCAGGAUACUGAAGCCUGGUUAUUAUACACAGAGACCUUCUUCAUGUGUUUGAUUUCAUAUGGGCGAGACCUGAAGGCUGAAGCUCAAGCGAUGUAAAGAAAAUUUACAGUUAAAGGACUGAUGCUUUGUUUCCAUUCAGACCUUUCAUGCUCGGUGAGAACAGGUGUUUCCACAAGAUUCGUUCUCUUCCCGCACACAGGGACAUUACAUUGUGUCUUCUCUAUGUUCAGGUGAACUCAGCCAAAUGGAUGCCAUGCAUCUUCAUGUAUUACUGUA